AUGUCCAGAGCCGGGCGCAAGUCCACAGUAGAUGUCCCGCCUCUACCUGUAACUACACAGCAGUCUAUGGGGGAAACAGUAGCUGCACGGCGGAGUGCUCGCAACAAGUCUGUUGCUGACACUACACCUACUACACCUACCUUUGUGUCAACAGAGACGUCGGCCAAGCGAAAGCGUUCCACAAAAGGUCCAGAUACACCAGCCUCGAAGAAGACAAAGAAAGCAUCAAAUAACAAGUCUGCCACAGCGGCCAUGAACACACCAUUGAAGUCUAAGCCAGCAAAGGCUCGAAAGCAUGGGGCUAUACAGGUCAAUGUAGACAUGCCUGAGGAAGCGAGAGAGCAUGCAGAGCCAGACAUUGACUCUAGUGGUCCAGAGGAUAAUGACGACGGUCAUGGCAUAAUUGAGAAUGAGCGGGAACAUGACCGACAAGCUGUACACUCCUUUGAGAUGGAGGCGGCACAUUUCCGUUCAUCAUUGUCGGAAAACUAUGUGCCUCAUAUCCGUUCAUCAAGUCUUGAUCUGUCUUCUUCUCCUUCCACACCACCGGCAUCAGAUUUCAAUGACAAUUCUGUAGUAGAGCAAUCACCUCCACUCCGACAGGUGACACAAGAAGUCGCUAGGAAGCUCGAAUAUGAGUUGCCACGGAUCACUAAUGAGAACCUUCCAACAUCGAAGAAUGUUCCUGUACCUGUACCGGUCAAUAAAACACGUUUGACUACAACUCUUCCGGCGACAGUUCCACUGGUGGGUCCCACUGGGAGAGAUCGUACCACUAUUGCAGUUCAUUGCAAGGGGACUUCUGGGCACACCUGGAUUCUCAGCAAAAGCGGACAAUCUACAACUAUGCAAGGUGUAAUUGAGCGAGCCAUCAAAGAGGGUAAGGCUGAGCUUUUAACAGGCCACAAGUAUUGUCCUUUGGAUUCGGAAGAAGUGAAGCAACUCGCUAUAAGCUCACUAAUCAAGGCUGCAGAACAAUUAGGAUAUGAGGGCGAGCAUGAUGUAGCUGAUCGUUUGGAACACGGAGAGCAUGACACGUAUAUCAAGCCUUUGACAGCUUAUGUGGCUAGCCGCAUUGGAAACGAGCGAGCAAAGGAGCUGAAAGGGAGUGGAUUGAGUGCCGUUGUUGUUAAUGCUUAUGGAUUGAAUAACUUCGGAGGGACUAUGACUGCAGCUCAAAUAAUCCUUACCAAACAUUUCAUGUAUGGUCUCGAUCUGAAUGGCAAUUUCGAUAAUCUCAAACCUUUCCAACAUCCUGCGUACAUUGCCUAUAUCCAAGGGACAUUCUUCGGUACAGGGUUAUAUGGUACAGUGAUCCGAGGAUGUCAAGGCCGUUUCACCUCCUCAAAUCAGAGCAAGCCGCUAGAAUUGGAGCUCACAAAAGGCAUGGUGGCCCUCGCAACAGCUGGGAUUCACGCAUUACUCAAUGACUACUCGCGUGGUGGUCGUCCCGCAAGCUUCCCAGCCACAGAGUCUGCUGCGAUUUGGAGGACUGCCAUUUGUACCCUUGAGAAUAUCGAACGUGUCAACCGCGCGCUCUACCAUAAGAUUAUGCAUGAAUUGUACAUGGCAACUUCUGGUGCAUUGCCACUUGCUCAGCAUGGUUGGUCGCAGCAACAAAUUCUUGACACAACAGAUUGGGCUGCGCUUGCUGCAGUCAAUGUUGACACUUCUCCCGCUGCUCCUGCUGCCUCUACAACAUAG